AUGUGUUGUAACUACGGGAACUUCUGUGGCUAUGGCUGCGGAUGCAGCUAUGGCUCAGGCUAUGGCUGUGGUUAUGGCUCAGGCUAUGGCUGUGGCUAUGGCUCCCGUUGUGGCUAUGGCUAUGGCUCAGGCUGUGGCUGUGGCUAUGGCUCAGGCUAUGGCUGUGGCUAUGGCUCAGGCUAUGGCUGUGGCUAUGGCUCCCGUUAUGGCUGUGGCUAUGGCUCAGGAUGUGGCUAUGGCUAUGGCUCAUGCUGUGGCUCUGGCUAUGGCUCAGGAUGGGGCUGUGGAAAAGGCUCCUGCUGUGGCUGUGGAUAUGGCUCUGGCUCUGGCUGCUGUGGCUACCGGCCACUUUGCUACCGAAGAUGUUAUUCUUCUUGCUGCUAG